CAUAUUACAGAAUCGGAAAUAGGUAUCACCAUAUGCUUAAAUUACAAUGAAAAAAGAGUGAUAUAAAAAUGUCUCGGUUUUUAAACGUAAGUUUAAAUGCGGUUCCAAAAGUGGUGGCGGACUUGUACGUGAAACAUGAAGCAGCAGAAGCGCAUAGGGUGCUUGAAUACAAUGCUGCUGUCAAGAUUCAAAGCUGGUACAGAGGCCUGCGUGUCAGGCACUAUAUAAGGCAUCUAAACGCAAGUGCGGUUCACAUUCAAAGGUAUUGGAGGGGUUAUAUGGGUCGUGUGUUCUGUCGCAUAAGGAUCAAGCACUUGGUCAUGAUUAUUCGAAUGAAUCUCUACAAUGCUAUGGCGGUGAGAAUACAGAAGCAUUGGCGGGGUUUCAUCGUGCGCAAGUACACCUACAACUUCUAUGCUCGCAAGCGAUACUUUGAAGCGCUUAAUGCCAAGAACCAGGUCGUGAGAAAGGAACUGGCUGAGUACAGAGAGCGGUCUGAGGUUGAAGAAAGGCGUAGGCAACAUAGCGCUAUGGAGAGAAAACUAAAAUACCAAGCUAGGAAACAACAUUACAUGCUCAGCACACACCAGAGUUUUGGAGUUUACAAUUCCCCGUUUAGAGAGCAACCACACGAGAUGGAAUACCGUCUACGUGAAGCAAGACCUCUGUCGCACAAGAAGACAACACCAUCCACUAAAUCUUCACUUUCUCAAUGCGAGCCUUUGCCUCCUAUACAGCCCAAAAUACAAGGCCCUUUCAAGCCUCCUUCGCAAGUUCAGGCACAACGUUACAGGCCUUUAAACCCCUCACUACGAGUACUGACUGCAUAUAAUACGUUGGAAUCGGCAAGGGAAACUCUCCAGCGGGAUGAAUGGGCGAAACAGCUAACAGAUCGGCCGUUUGUGCCGUUCAGUAAGCACAAGGUACCUUAUGAACCACUUCUUCACACAACAUCCAAGUAUGGUCAUCUGCUGUAUGGAAACAAGUACUUCACAGAAGAGAAUCCAGACAUGCACAUCUCUGAUCAGCGAAUGCAAACGGUUGUUUCGCCAAUUCCUAUUUUCGAUCGAUAUGGUGGUACUUAUUCAAAGGGAGCAGUGGUACUGCAAUAACUAUUUGUCAAACUGUGUUUUUUUUCACAUAAGUCAACAAAAAACUGUAUUUUUUCCACAAAAAGAUAUAUAUAUAGUGUGCUCUUUUUAUUUUAUUUCUACAACUAUACGGAAACGCACAGUAUAUACAAUUAGCUUGAAAGCAUGUAAGAUGAAAAAUACAACGCGACACUUGAAA